ACCCAAAUUACGUCUGUUUAGACCGAAAUCACUAUUCAAAAUGGCUUCUGUUAUGGCAUGGGGCGCCGGCGCUGCCGUCGCGGCCUUUUUGGGUCGAGCUGGUCUGGUCGCAUGGAGACGCUCACGAGGUGGUGUUGGAGCCAUGGGCAAGGCUUUCUACAAGGGUGGUUUUGAGGCCAAGAUGACCAAGAAGGAGGCUACUCUGAUUCUGUCGCUCAACGAGCGAGCCAUUACCAAGGACAAGGUCCGCAAGGCCCACCGAACCCUCAUGCUUCUCAACCAUCCCGAUCGAGGCGGCAGCCCUUACCUUGCGACAAAGGUGAACGAGGCCAAGGAGUUCCUGGACAAGAACGGUUAAAUCUUAUGAACUCGACAAAACACUCGUUCGAGUUCUCGAUAUUCGGAUCCGUCAGAAUCGAUUUAUGAGCUUUACAAAAAACAUAAUCAACGACUAGGGUCUGGCGUGGGCAUAUGGCCGCGUGUGUAUAGUGUACACUACUUGUUUCCAUAGCGAUGGCGUUUGUUGGGUUUAAGAGGAGGCUCUUUGGGGUCAGGUGAUGGGAUAUGCCGUCGUUAAGCUAUCUAGGCUGAAUGUCGUAUGAAUACAGGGCCAAUCGACCCGUUCUCUCCUCAUGCUACUUUCUGUGACCCAAGGUCACAAUUACAAAAGAAUAUUUACAUACC